AUGCGAUUGUUGACCUUUGAAAUUGUUUUGAAGACCAUAUCAGAUGAAACGUUGCAAGAUCUUGUGUACAAACUAGUGCCGGGAUUAUAUAGGAAUGAAAUGAAGAGACGAAGGGAUUUUUAUGCUAAUAACAGUAAUCGAGUUCGAAAUGGUGAUGCUGAGAACCAGUUACCACCCACCACUUCUGGAGAAGACAGAGGUGAUGAAGCACUACAACGUCUUAUCUACACAGAAGAUGAAAGCAUCAGCCUUUCACUGGAACUUUGCACUGGCCAUACUGAAGAGAGAUUGAAAUUUCUUACAAAAGAAAAUUUGAAUGGAAACAAUAAAGAUAAGAACAAAGAAGUUCGCUAUCUUCUGUGUCCGGCAGCAUUUACUGUGGCUCAUGUAAAAAAGUUUCUACGCAUGAAAUUUGAACUUGGACCACACUAUGAAAUUCAUAUAUUCCAUUCUGAUGAACCCUUGAAGGACACAUACACUCUAAUCGACAUUGCCUACAUUUACACAUGGCGAAGGAACGCUCCUCUCCGGUUAUUUUACUCUGUUUUUGAAAAUGACAACAAGAGACCAAAGCUGUCGAAUUCUGAAUCCGUCCCUGAAAAUAUUUGCUCCAAGGAUCCUUGUAAGCCUCCUGUUCAGAUCCGUACAUCUACAACAAACAGCAGGAUGACUACAAUAAUGACCAGCAUGGCUAGCAGCCAAGUGAAUGCCACUCCUGUUGCUGCCACAGCCAAUAUCAUCACUCCCAGCACAACUACGACAAACCCAAAUGGGCCGUUGUCAAACCAGCCCCCUGCCACUACUCUUCCUUCAUGCAGUCCAGUUACUGUAACAACCUCUAGUAAGAGUGCCGCAGUUAGCAGCUGUGCCAGUACAACCGACAUGACAACAAACCACAGCAAUAACGUGAUGCCAAAGACAAAGUCAUCCAUCAAUGACACGGCCGUUUUUCACAAACCCGCCUUGCCUCCUCCAACUCCCAAAUAUCCACAAAAUCCCAAAACUCUGCAGACUUCAAAGCCACUGCAGCUUAUUGCACCCAAACCUCACUUGGAUCUAAAUCGAAGACCACCCCCAUUCAUAGCCCCCAAAACCCUAACCCAUGUUGUACAGUUAACCGCACCCAAGGUCUCCAUGGCAACGAUCCCGAAACCUGCCCCUAUGCAACAACAUUCACAUCAACACCAACAAAAUCUGAUGCAGAAGUCACUCUCGAAUGAGAAAUUUUCUGCCAACAACUUUUCCAAAUCUUCCCCCUCUUCCCCUUCUCCUGUCCUGGUGCCAAAGACGGCUGCAGCAUCUGCAAGUGCCCAGAGAAUACUUCAGGCGAAUUCUUUGAAAAUUCUACAGAAUUAUGGGCCAAAGAAUUCUCAACCUAGCUGGCAGAAAAUAUCCUCUGGCAGCCUCCAGAAGUCUCUACAGACAAACGGCAACCCAAAACCUGCACCGAUGCCGUCGGCAAGCCACAAACUGCAGCCGGGAUGUUCAAGUAGCUGCAAGGGUAAUGUCAAGGCACCUUCGAAGAAUGAAAUUUGUCUGGCACCAAAGGCCGAGAACAAGAAACUGACUGAUACUGUGAUGAAUGGAAACAAACCCGGAAGUAGUGGCAAGAAUGAAUUGUAUGGCGCCACCGUACCAGCAGCAAAGGGCACCAAGAAAGACGGUUCCAAUGACAAUUUUGUCCUUUUCCUCCUUGCAUUUGUUUUCUCCCCCUCCCUCUCUUUUGUUUUCUUGUUUUCUCCCCCUCCCUCUUUUCUCCCUCCCUCGUUUUUUUUUUCCUCACACUUCCUUUUCUUACCCCUUCUCUUGAUUACCUUUUCUUGUCCUCCCUCUCACCUUUCCUCCCCCCCACUUUCCUCCUCUCCCUCCCGUUUUGCUUUCUAUCUCACUUCUUUUCAUAUCCCUCAUAACUUUUCUUUUCUUCCCCUCUCCUCACAUUUUUCUUCACCUCCUUCUCACAUCUUUUCUUUUCCCUCCCUCUCUUCUAUUGAAAUUUCCUGGUAUUGGGAUCAUUUAUCUCUCUCUCUCUCUCUCUCUCUCUCUCUCUCUCUCUCUCUCUUUUUAAUUUUAUUCUUUAUCCUUUCCAAUUUGCCUUUCUUUUUCUUUUUUUCUUUCUUUCUUUUUCCAUUUAUUCUUUCUUUUUCGUCCCUCGUUUUUUAUUUCUCAUUCAAAACUAAUCUCCUAAAUUAUUUUUGUUCUGUUACUCUUUUUAUGUUUUUUUUUUUUUCUUUCUCUUCGUUUUUUUUUAAAUAA